AUGGAUUUUAUCCGAGUCAUCCCUCUGUUCUCUUUCUUUUUCACUGCCGUCGUCGCAUUUCCCCAACAGACUGCCGCGGGUACAACAACCGCACCUCCGACGACGAUCACUAAGGCUGCAUCGCUCAGCUGCUCGGACGGGGAGACUGCUGUCUACACGAGAGAUUGUACAAUGGGAACUCCCACAUCGUACUGCGCUAGACCGGAGCCCCCAAUCCAGUGCUCGGAGGGGUACUUCCCCUCAGUUUGGCACCCAGGUCAUUGCAUGGAGCAGUCGACAUGUUUCCCGCUUGAUGCAUCCUGGAUCACGACCGAGUGUUCGCAUGGGGCAAUUCCUUGGACAACCUCGACCUUGUAUGAAGGUACCUUAGCAGGGGGACAGUCGACUAUUAUCAGUGCCGUUUCCUGCUCCUGUGCCAGAGAUCAAUGGUAUAGCAUGACCAUUCUUCCAGGCGCAUCCACCGUCGACACUUUCUGCAUGCCCUCAAGCUCCUGUCCAGCAGGCAUGACAACCUCAGUGUCAACCAAUACUUACUGUGCAACUGCACCGGCAAGCGCGUGCUCGAAUGUUCCCUUGGAAACCAAUUACUGCAAGUGUGAGGAUACAACACAGACACCUGUAUACCCCGACUCUGUUGGAGCGGCUCCAACCGGAUGUAGAGCUUGA